GAUUCAUUUAAAACCCUUCCUCAACCUUCACCUUCAAGCAUCAGGCGCGCACUGGCAAUCAGCUCGUCUCCUAGAAAAUGUCACUCUGGGAUCGGUAUAACGAUCCUAGUCCAUGGCAAGUCGUCUUAGGGGCUUGACUCUUUUCGGUCUCUCGACUUGCACAUGAUAAGCCAUAACAAAUCACUGUGGUACAGCACGCUCAUGAUUCCAGCAUAUGUUGCUGCUGCAUCUGCCCUUCUUCUCUUGUUGCAUUUAAUAAUGCUAUCCAAGCCAGUCAAAAAGCUUUGGUCGCAUUUCAUGCCCCCCAAGACUGAGGAAGAACCCAGCAUUUUCUUCGACGAACCUACUAUAGCUGAUGGAUUUUUCUCUGAGGCUAAAGUAUUCAUUUCUCAACACGGUGGUUUGGUCAUUUUUGCAUACAAAUUUGCAAGAUUCAUUGGUUGUCUUGUGUUUUUGGGACUGUCGUUGGCUACUUUCAUAUUAGAUGAACGUGAGGAGCACGCAACAGAAGCCAACAAAUUGCUUGGACGAAAGCAUCGCAAGGCCCGUCACCCUGAUGGCUACAUUCCGUUUUCUCGCACUGAGUGGUUGCAAUUCGCCCUGUGCAUGACUGCUGCUUAUGCAUCCAUUCUCGGACUUGUUUCAGUCACUACCAAACCCCGAUGGAGCAGGUUGGUGUCCACCCACCUGGCUACUCUUCUAUUUGCAGUCUUUGCGGUGUUUGCGUACCGGGAUCUGUGGCCUCUUCUUACCUUUAAUAAACAACCCAAAGACCUUAAGGAAGGGGGCUUGUUGUGGGCAAAAGUAGUUGUCCUUUUUUUGUCAAGCAUCGUAUUCCCUCUCGUGAGCCCGAGACAAUAUAUUCCAGUAGACCCUGCAAACCCUACUGAGAGCCCUCAUCCCGAGCAAACUUCUUCCUGGCUGUCUAUGACGCUGUAUACCUGGCUGGACCCUAUUGUCUUCAAGGCGUAUCGAGUUCCCCACUUGUCCCAUGAAGAACUUCCUCCGCUGGCCGACUAUGAUCAUUCUAGAAAUCUCAAAAAGAAGAGCUUCCCCCAUCUUGACCCUUUCUCUGGCAGUCGGAGGCGACAUAUCUUCUUCGGGCUCAUGAAAACUUAUCGUGUUGAGUACAUAGUUUUGUCUCUUAUGAUCGUUCUUCAGGUGCUGGCAAAACUAGCCGCUCCGGUUGGAAUUAAUCAACUUCUGCUUUAUGUCGAAACGAAAGGCGAGGGUGCCGUGGUCCGUCCAUGGGUCUGGAUAUCUUGGCUGUUCUUUGGACCACUUGUCGGAUCCUUCGCAUGGCAAUGGUAUAUUUAUAUUGCGACACGUACACUCGUGCGCACGGAGGGUAUUCUCACGCAACUGGUCUUCGAGCACGCGCUCCGAAUCCGAAUGAAGGCCGAGCUCCCUGAUGACGGCAAGACAUCUAGGGAUGUCGACGAGACGCUGCAGGCAAGUUCCGAGACCAUAUCGACAUCUUCCACGAAAAAAGGCAAGCAAAAGUCUCAGGAAGAACCGGAAAUGCUGUACAUGCCAUUGCAAGUAGGCAUGUGCAUCUGGUUCUUGUACGAAAUUCUUGGCUGGAGUGCCUUUGUCGGCCUGGCUGUUAUGCUCAUCUUGUUCCCUCUGCCUGGGUACGUUGCCCAGAAGAUUCAAAACGUGCAGACGGAGAAAAUGAAGAAGGUCGGUCCUGGAUUUUUCGUAUAUCAGUCGAUGCUUAUUGCAACCCCAGACGGAUGCCCGGGUCCAGACCGUUACCGAAACUAUGAAUGUUCUGCGCAUGAUCAAGCUUUUCGGAUGGGAAGAGAAGAUAGACAAGAGGAUCAGCGAGAAACGAGAAGUAGAACUUGUCUGGACAUGGAAGACGAAGAUAUUAGAACUGAUAAACAACAUGUUGAACUUCGUGAUUCCCCUGUUUACCAUGAUGGCUUGUUACGCGACCUUCGUAUGUUGCAUUCGACCACAGGCAAAACUAGUUUCUUACCCUCUCUCCUAGACUCUCAUUAUGGGACAAAACCUAACUGGUCAGUGCUGUGGGUUCUGUUGCGACUUAUUGACAUAACAGUUAUUCCAGCUUCAAAGGUUUUUUCGUCGAUGACAAUCUUUGACAUCCUAAGAGACCAGCUCAGCAUUGUGUUCUUCACCAUUCCAAGAAUUACCCAAGCCAAAGUUUCGAUGGACCGUGUCAACAGUUUCUUGAAUGAGACAGAAUUAUUGGAUGCCUACGCACAGCAGGAUGAGGACAGAGCCCAGCUCUUUGUCCAGCCAGAGGACGAAUCUGACCUCAUCGGCUUCAGAGAUGCUGUUUUUGCCUGGUCCAAUGAAUCCGGCGGGUCGCUGACACCGUCGAAGCGCAAGUUCAGGCUUCGCAUCGAUGGCGAGGUGUACUUCCAACGCGGUGGUAUCAACCUUGUCGUCGGACCGACAGGUUCUGGGAAGACGUCAGUGCUUAUGGCUUUGCUUGGCGAGAUGCACUUCAUGCCCUCUGGUCCAAUGUCUUGGUUCAACCUUCCUCGCAAAGGAGGUGUAGCCUAUGCCGCGCAAGAGUCCUGGGUUCAGAAUGAGACCAUUCGGGACAACAUUCUUUUCGGCGCACCCUACGACGAGAUUCGAUACAAGAAUGUCUUACAUCAGUGUGCUCUGGAGCGUGACCUUACUCUGUUCGAAGCGGGUGACAAAACGGAAGUCGGAGAAAAGGGUCUUACGCUAAGUGGCGGUCAGAAGGCACGAAUCACCCUGGCAAGAGCUAUAUAUUCUUCGGCGCAAACGCUGUUGCUCGACGAUGUUUUGGCCGCUCUGGAUGUCCACACGUCCAAGUGGAUUGUAGACAAGUGUUUCGCUGGAGAUCUCGUCAGAGAUCGAACAGUCAUCCUUGUGACUCAUAAUGUUGCUAUGGCGAGCUCUGUAGCGCACUUCGUCGUGUCUCUGGGUUCCAACGGACGGAUUGUCAGCCAGGGAUCGAUAUCUGAAGCCAUUGCAAAGGACCACAAGUUUGCAGCGGAAAUGGCAAAAGAGCAGGAAGUCCUUGCUAAAGAGGCCGAGGUCGUCGACAACCCAGAAGAACCAAACGCCGAUGCAAAGAAGUCCGACGGCAAGUUGGUGAUGUCUGAGGAAAUCGCAGAGGGUCAUGUUUCCUGGCCAGCUUUCAAGCUCUACCUGGCCGGCUUGGGGGGGAACUAUCCGAUGACGUUCUGGGUCGUGUUCCUGGUUUUGGUGGCGUUGACGGACUUAGCCAGCACUGUGCAAACUUGGUAUCUUGGGUACUGGGCUUCUCAAUACGAAGAUCAUCUACCCUCAGAGGUCAAUGUUGUAUUCUAUCUCUCCGGAUACGCCUUGCUAAUGGUCGCUGGCUGUCUCAUGUAUGGGAUUGGGUAUUACAUGUACUAUUGGGGUUCAAUGCGGGCAUCACGAACCAUCCACAAGAAACUCGUCCAAUCUGUACUCGGCACAACGCUAAGAUGGCUAGACAUGACACCUACAUCUCGAGUCAUCACCCGGUGCACACAGGACAUAAGAGCCAUUGAUGGUCCGUUUGCACAAGGAAUUGGUUGGGUCGUUGAACUUUCAAUAACCAUGGUCGUGAAACUCGGAGCCGUCGUGUUCAUGACUCCUGUCUUCUUGGCGCCUGGUCUCUUUAUUGGCUUGCUAGGCGGAUGGAUCGGUCGCAUCUACAUGAAAGCUCAACUAUCAGUCAAGCGAGAGAUGAGCAAUGCGAAAGCACCGGUCCUUGGCCACUUCGGAGCUGCCAUCGCGGGACUUACAUCGAUUCGUGCAUAUGGCGCAGAGGAUGCAUUCAAACAAGAAUCUCUCGACCGCAUCGACCGUUACACCAAAUCAGGGCGCGUAUUCUAUAACUUGAAUCGUUGGGUUUGUGUCCGUAUCGAUGCUAUCGGCGCUGCGUUCUCGGCUGGCCUUGCCGCUUAUCUUGUCUAUGGUCAUGGAAUGCAGGAGGCGUCGAAUAUUGGGUUCUCUCUGAACAUGGCAGUCGGUUUCAGUUCGAUGAUCCUUUGGUGGGUUCGUAUCCUCAACGAAGUGGAAGUCAGCGGUAAUAGUUUGGAGCGGAUUGAUAGUUAUAUCAAGAUUGAACAAGAGCCUAAGCCUACCACAGACGGCCACCCGCCUGCGUACUGGCCUGCAAGCGGUGAUCUCCGCGUAGAAAACCUGUCGGCCCGCUACUCAUCGGAUGGGCCAAAAGUUUUGCAAGAGCUGUCUUUCCACAUCAAAUCAGGCGAACGCGUGGGUAUCGUUGGGCGAACUGGAAGCGGAAAGAGUUCUCUGACGCUUUCGCUCCUUCGCUGCAUUUUCACAGAAGGCAAUGUUUACUAUGAUGGUAUUCCGACAAGCGCGAUCAAUUUGGAUGCCCUGCGGUCCAAUGUGACCAUCAUACCUCAGAUCCCCGAGCUCCUGAGCGGAACCCUCCGUCAGAAUUUGGAUCUCUUCGAUCAGCACGAUGAUGCGGUGCUUUACGAUGCUUUGCGAGCUGCCGGACUUUUCUCCGUCCAAGACGAGUCCGAGGAAGCGAGGCUGACGCUAGACAGUGCCAUCGCAAGUGGAGGAGGCAAUCUAUCAGUUGGUCAACGCCAGAUUUUAGCUCUGGCUAGAGCUAUGGUCAGAGGAAGCAAACUGCUGAUACUGGAUGAGGCAACUUCCGCUAUUGAUUAUAAAACCGAUUCUGCCAUCCAAUCUUCUCUCCGCAAUGAGCUGCGUGACGUGACCCAGAUUAUCGUUGCACAUCGGCUGCAGACGAUUAUUGAUGCUGACAAAAUUAUGGUCCUUGACGCCGGUAAACUUGUUGAAUUCGGCAGCCCAUGGGAGCUGUUGCAGAAUGAAAAGGGUAUGUUGCGUGCUCUCGUGGAUGAGUCUGGGGACAAAGAAGCAUUAUAUGCGUCGGCUCACGGCAAGCCACUGGCAGAAGGGGAGAGUUCGUAGUUGAGGAUCGUUUGCGAUCUAUUAUACCUGCUGUAAAGGAAUCACCAUGGGUCAAAUAUCAUAUCUAUAUUUUUUUUGUCAAGUGUCGAUCUAUCAGGUUAUUUGCAUGGAGUACCUGAAGAAUAACCUUGUGUAACAAAUCCACAAAUGGGACAAUUUCUUGUGUUCUGACAUCGACGAGGAGGGUUAUUAGAAGAGGACAGGUCUAAACCAAACUGUGGAAGACACUCCUGAUGCACUGCUGGUAUAUGACGGGAUGUAUGUCAACUGGUUCCAGAUAAUGCGGGGAAU